AUGGCUGGCAUGCUGUCCUCCGUGCGCCGAUCAUCAUUCUUGUUACACUCCGGGACGGAACAAGAUCCGGAGAGCCCCUCCAGCGGAGGAGUUGGAGGAAUGCUCUCCAGGGUGCGAAGGGCAUCGAUAGCGCCGGUCGCGGUGCUGCAGGAGCAGUCCAGUCGGGUUGGAGGAAUGUUCUCGAACCUCCGUCGGGCAUCGUUUAUGUCACUCGGCGGGCUCCGAAAAGAUAGAGGAGUUGUCCUCCCUCCACUGGAGAGGCGGAAAUCGCGACGGAAGGUCACUGGAAAGAAAGCUUCCAUGAAAAGAGCACAGACACCUGUCCUGAUGGAGCCACACGUCGAGCAUACGAGCUUGUUGCUUCAGCAUGCAGUUUACAGAGGAGACGAUCCUUUCAAGAACUUAAACAGCGUGUGGCUGGGUGGCGGUGACAAAGGUGAGUUGAAGGAGGAUGAUUCGGAUGAAGAAGAUGAAAACUUGGAAGACAUGACGGACGAAAGGCGAGAGGAGCUCCAAGAAAAGGCUGCCAAAAAAGCAGCCAAGGAAAAGUUUCUAGAGGAUGAAGAAGCGCGGAUUCGGCAGCUGAGGAGCACCGCACUGGGUCAUUUGACCUGGCUGCGAGGCCACAACCUAGGUGCUGACCUGGUGCCCACUUGGAAGGUCUUGAAGAUCAAGUCGGAAGAGUUGCAGACAAAAAACAGGUUGAGAGGGCCUACACGGAUUGGAGGCGACCUUUGGUACAAGGCUUUUACUCCAAACAGCCAGAAGGACUGGUGCUGGAAAGGUAGUUUUGUGAACGAGGUUCGCUUCCUUGCUGAGAGUCAGAACAUGCCGCUGGCAUGGCUGAAUAUCAAGACUGCCCAAAGCCUUUUCCGGCAAGACCCUAGCUUUGAGCAGGCCGUAGCAUACCACGUAGUCGCGGUCUCCACGGAUCGCAGCCGUUACUUGUGGAGCCAUGCAUUCGUGCAGCUCCUCACUGUCCUCCAAGAGGAGCAAAAGUUUGAGUAUGGACGUGUGUGUCUUUCUCCGGAAGACAUGGCAAAGAGGUACCCGCAGGCACGGUUUCCGACUCCUGGAAAAUAUGAAGUGGUCAAAUCCAACGAGGCCGUCACGAUUCCCGUUCCUCCACUGCUCACGCGCAGCAUUGGGAAAUCCGCGAGAGGGGCUCCGCCUGAGCCGCCGCCUCUUCCAGAAAGACUCCCGUGCCCCGUCGCGUAUGAGAUAACAGAGCCUUGGAUGGGCAUCUUCGCCACGCAAGCCGAGAAGAAGAAUGUCAUGACCAACUUCCAAAGCAGGACCUCGACCUACAAAUCACUUGCACCUGGCAGAAGUGAAGAGUUUGAAGGCACCGAAGACGGAGAAGAAGCCAACGAGCAAGCUGAAGAAGAAGAACUUGAAAGCGACGAGGAGGUCGAGAAUUCCGACGAAGAGACCGGCCCAGCUGGCUUCAACAUGACCGGUUACGGAAGGGGAAAUGCUGAAGAGCAAGAGGAGGGAAGUGAAAGUUUCGAGGGCAGUGAAAACGAGGACCCUGGAGUCCCUGGAGAUGAGCAGGUGCAGGAUGAAGACGAAGGGUUUGAGGAAGCAUCGGCCUUUGAAGCAGAUGCUUCGCCUGCAGAUAUGGAACAAGACGUGGACCAGUUCGGUGAAGACGAGGAAAUACAGCCGUCACGCUCCAAGGUUUCUGCAGGCCACCCCGACUCUGGCGAAGCAUCACAAGAAGUGGCCGAUCCCUAA